CUUACAACUUACGACACGUAUUGUAGAAUGACCUUUACACAGCGGUGAUCUGCUACGAUUAAAAUGUUUAUACAUGUUGGUUCAUGUAUAUACAAAAAGAGAUAAUAACAAAAUUAUGGAUAAAAAUUCACCCGUCCUAAUAAUAAGAGGUAACCAAAACGUCCUACAGUUCAAGGAUUAAACGUUUGUUUAUCAAGCUGGUCAGUUGUAUUUUUCUAACCCUUUCGCUUCAAAGAAUAUAUGUGUUCGAAAAAUUGACAUUUACGUAAGGACAGUAACAUAUACGUACAGCACAGUAUAUAAGACAUUGUCAACUGAAUAUUUAAUAGUUAAUUAUCAUGAAACAAUAUACUGUCGACAAGGUAUAUCUGUUUUUUCAACAAUAAGAUACCUUCAUCUGUUUGUUUCAAACAACGCAACGUAUUAUACGCUCUCCAUAUCUUAACCCGUCAACGACGUGCCCGUCUUCAGCGAUCACAUUUUAUCAUAAGCGCGCCGGAGCAAAAGGAUGAAAGAAAAUAUAAUUUAUUUUUUGCGCUUAUAAUAAUGGAUAAAAUAAAAAACAAAGUGAAUAAAAAUAUUGAAUUUGAAAGCAGUUCUGACGAAUAUGUAUGUGAAUUAGAGGCUGAAUUGCAAGAUUUAUCUGAAGAUGAGAAUUUUCAUGCAUGCUCAACAGAUUCUGGUGAAGAAAUAUUAGCGGUAUCACGGCGAAGAGAUUUGAGGAUAAUAUAUAGUAGUGAUAGUGAAGAAGAAUGUUCUGCAAAUGCCAUUUCAUUCUUGACUCAAAGUGAUGAGUCUCCUUGGCUAGACGUUACGGAAGAAGACAAUUAUAAUUACAAUAUAAACUUCUCAACUGGCGGAAAUAACACUGGACCUCAUGUUCCAUCUAAUUGUACAACACCACUACAUUUUUUCCAACUGUUUUUUACGGAUGAUUUGAUCAAAAAAAUUGUUAUAGAAACAAAUAUUUAUACAGCUAACAUUAUUCAACACAAACAAUUAUCAAUUCGUUCUAUUUGGAAACAAUGGAAAAAUGUCACUGAAUGUGAAAUGAAGGCUUUCUUUGGUGUUAUUAUAAACAUGGGACUUAUAAACAUGCCUAGUUUGCAAGAUUAUUGGGCAAGAAAUUUUUACUCGAAAAUACCAUUUUUUUCAAAGAUAUUCUCACGUGAUCGAUUCAUGCAAAUUUUUUGGGCAUUACAUUUAGAAACACUUCCAAGGUCAAUGAAUAUGACGACAAAAACUCGGAAAAUCAGCAGCUAUCUUGAUUUUCUCAAUAAAAAAUUUAUGGAACAUUACAUUCCAGAAAAAAAUUUAUCGAUUGAUGAGUCUACUGUGGGAUUUAAAGGAAGAGUUUCUUUCCGUACAUAUAACAUGCAGAAGCCAACAAAAUGGGGACUUCGAGUAUACAUAUUAGCAGAUACUCGGACAAGUUAUUUAUACUCAUUUGUUCCUUUUUAUGGAAAAAUAACAAUAAAUGACCUUAUUAGACCAGACUUAUCAUUCACAAAUAGGAUAGUUCUUCAGCUAUAUGAUAAUCUUCAAAAAUCGAUACCUGGAGCCACUGGUUAUCAUAUAUUUACAGACAAGUUUUACACCAAUCCAAUACUUGCCACUGAACUUUUAAAACAGCAGUGUUUUUUAACUGGAACAAUAUCGAUAAACAGAAAAGGUAUAUCCAAAAGAAUAAGAAAAUGUAAAUUAGCAAUAGGCCAAAGCAUAGCCUAUCGAAGAGAAAAAACUCUUCUUCUAGCUUGGCGUCACAAAAGAGUAGUCACGAUGUUAAGUACAAAACAUACGUCGGGUAUGUUGACUCGGCCGAAAGAAAGAUUUUCGAGGGAACCAAAUAGUGGGGAACAACUUAUAACAAAACCGAGGGUGAUUUUCGAUUAUACCGACAACAACGUUAAUACUGCAGAUCAAUAUGCUGUGUCAUAUUGUUUCAUUCGAAAAACAUUGAAAUGGUGGAGGAAACUAUUUUUCUGGGGUUUUGAAUCGGCUAUUGUGAAUGCAUAUAUAUUAUACAAAGAAUGCGCAGUAAAAAAUGAUGAUAUACCCAUAACUCAUCUACAGUUUCGAAAGAAAUUGUUGAUGGAAUUAAUUGGAGAUUUCCGUGCGCCCAAAUUACGAUCAGAGCCAGUAUCCGAUAGCGAUAAAGAGCAACGCCUAGAAAACAUUCCGCAUUUUAUUUUUCAAUUAUCUGGAAGUAAAACUAAAGAUUGUGUGGUGUGUUCCAAACCCAAUGUUCCUGGUGAAAGAAAACGGACGAGUUAUUUUUGUGAUACCUGUGAAAGAAAGCCCGGGCUUCAUCCGGGAAAUUGUUUCAAACGGUAUCAUACUUUAAAAAGCUAUAAAAUGUAAAAUUUUAUGAAU